UUUCCUUACGAGACAACUGGAGUUCUCACUAAAUGGCGAAAACACGCUUAGUACAGCUGAACACGAGAGAAAAAAUAAAGGGACACACUGGAAAAGAAGCACAAGCCUAAAACUGAUCCUUUAUUUAAUUUUUUUUAGUCCGAGUGAUCUUCAGAUCAAAGACGGAAAGAACCAGGAAAAGGACACCAGGUUGUUUUACUACUUCCAGAAGCUACAAACAGAUGACUGCAGCCAGCUAAACCCCUCUGACAAGAUUGAGAGUUUGAUGCCAGCAGAAUGGGGAACAGCAACAGCGACAGGGCCAGCGGGGGUGAAAGGUCAUACAGAGAUGGACAACAAGGAGGGAAAGAGGCUCGUCCCAACAUCCUGAUGGACAGCACAGAGGACGCAGACCUUUUCCAGAGAGACGAUCCAAAGGCUCCGCAGGAAAUACAGGAGUUUCUGGCCUGGCAGCAGGAUCUGGAGUCUGACAGCAAGAGCCCAACACAAGCCGCCAGGCCGACCGUGUUCAGAUGGUCGGGGGGCGCGAAAGAAGUCUUUGUGUCUGGCUCUUUUAACAACUGGGCCACCAAGAUCCCGCUUAACAAAAGUCAGAAAAACUUUGUGGCUAUCGUGGACCUGCCGGAGGGAGAGCACCAAUACAAGUUUUGCGUAGAUGGACAGUGGACGUUGGAUCCGACUGGGGCCGUCAUGACAGCUAAAACUGGGACGGUCAAUAACGUCAUCCAGGUGAAGAGAACAGACUUUGAAGUCUUUGAUGCCCUCAAGAUUGACUCAGAGGAUUCUGCAGACAUCUCAGACUUAUCCAGUUCCCCUCCCGGCCCUUACCUACAGGAUGCAUACGUAAUCAAGCCAGAUGACAAGAUAAAAAGUCCUCCUAUCUUACCUCCUCACCUGCUGCAAGUGCUGCUCAACAAGGACACAGGCAUCUCAUGUGACCCGACUCUACUGCCAGAGCCAAACCAUGUGAUGCUCAAUCACCUGUACGCCCUCUCCAUCAAGGAUGGUGUGAUGGUUCUCAGCGCGACACACCGAUACAAAAAGAAGUACGUGACCACUCUUCUCUACAAGCCGAUCUAAUCCACAGAGCCGUGAUCCAGACUCUCUGUUUGUCUUUUAAACUUCUUCUGUUGUUGAUUUGUUUUGUUGAAAUUCAACAUGAAUAUCUUUCUGAUAUCAAGUUUUUUUCACCAAUCUGAAAUUCCGGUCAUGUUGUGAUCACGUUAGUCAAAGUGGAUCCAAACAUAACUACAACUUAAAGCUUCCUCCGUUUACGAUCAAUCAGCAUCAACCGGUGUUAAAUGAGAACAACCGCUGGAUGUCGUUCUUCUCAUUCCAACCUUACUUGACCCUGAAUCGUCAAUAGAUUUUUAGAGAAAGAAACUUAUGAUGUCAACCUGACCAAACAAAGACUCACAAGCAAACUACCUAUCAACACAGUGUUCUUUAACUUUUGCUCUUGGUUAUACAUUUUUGUACAAGAUUCUAUAUAUAACUAUAAAGCUGUCUUUUCAACUAGACAUAUACAUUCCAAGAAAUAGAAAUCCACCUCAUACCAAAGCCAAAGUUGAAUUAAAUAUCUAAAUAUUUAAUUACCUGGAAUUGUAGAAUAAUGUAACUGUGACAGAAACACAAAGACAAGGACACAGUCAACACAACACUACCAGAUGCUUGAUCUCUUUUAUUUUAAACUGCAGCCUGUACAUAAGCAAACUUCUUUAACGUCAUGUUUUGUUUAAAAAUGAUAAAGAAAUAAAUUUUUUUAAAGGUAUACGUUGGGACUUUGAAUGUUGUCAUGUGUUUUUA